CAUGAUUUGACCCGAAAACAAGCGUGGUCUUACAGCUACGCUGUAGCAUAUCUCUAUUCAGACAAAAAUCGCCCGUUUCUUGGUAAUUAAUACCACAUGACAUGAAGUACAAAACGUUCUGGAUAAUGGUCUGGACUGUGAGUCUGUGCAGAGGAUUUUGGCAAAAAGACGGAUUCAUCACUAGACCCUUGACGACUGGGACCCGAUACCCAUUGACCCCUAUUGGACGUUUUGAAAUAUUACAUCUCUGUGCAAGAACGGGUCAGAUAGUGAAGGGAAGCUACAACUGGAGAUUAAACCACAAAGACAAACUCGAUGAUUCCAAGACAAGGAAUGUGUUCGUAUUUGUAUUGCCGUCUUGACCGGCGCUGGUCUAGCAAAAUUGGUUCUUGAAUAGCUAGCAGUAAGUGACGGACAUCAAAUCUCCCGUUGCAAGUGAAGGCGUCGACGUACAAUAUUUUUUAAUAGAGGGACACGGAUUAAACAUUUCUGUAGAGUGCACAUUUAAGACC